AAUCGAUGGCUCCUACGUAAAUUAUCGUAAGCCACAAAAUGACAAAUUUUGUAUUAUUGCAAAAAUGAAUAGAAUAAUCUUAGUGCUCUUAGCAUCCAAAAGUAAAAACUCGAAAAUCAAGCUCUAAAUAGGUUUUUCUAAACGUAAACUAUUGUAUGUUUUAAAGUGCUCCGACGCAUUUUGUCGUUACUGCCCGGUCGACGGUGUACGUGGGGUGAGGCGGGGGCAGCCACCCGCGCUUACGCAUCGUAUGUAUCAGUUCCGAUCGAGUACGCCGCGCGGACUGUCAUGUUGCCGUCUAAACCACUUCACAGCAAAAAUAGUUAUAUAGGUGACCUAAAAUGGAUAAUUCUACUAGAAAAAUGGUUAAUCGUGUCAAUAAAAUACCGAAUGUGUCGUCUAGAACACGAAUGUUACUUGAUAAGGCCGUUGGACACAAACGCAAAAGCGAGGGUAUUUCAAAAAAUGACGGUUAUUUGAAUGAGAAUUUUAUAAACCGGAGCUAUAUGGAUGAAACUCCAAAGGAUAUCUGUACAAAAUCAGAAUCUCCUCUUCCAUUUGGAGCAGACAACCUUUCAAUCCAGGAACUACUACAGACCGGAAUUUUGAGCGACAGUGAUGAGGAAAUAUUUGAUUACGGACCUCCAAGAAAAACAUCAGCAUGCAAUGAUAUACCUGACCAUGCAUCAAAGAUAAAUGACUGCAAUGAUACUAACAAGUCUCCUGUUUCGAGUAUUAUUUUCAACGAAAAGGAUUUGGUAUUAGACUAUGUUGAAGAAGAUAAAAAUACCAUGCAUGAUUAGAAUGAUUUGCAUACGGAUGGCGAAAAUACUCCGGUACCGAGUAAGCUUUGUUUAGUUUUCUUUUUUCCUAAGUAUAUGGAAGGGGGUUCUUUUUAUUAUUGAAUGCAGUACCAUCAUUUUGCUUUAGAUAAUAUGCCAUUUCUGAGGUUAUUGGACAUGCUAAACUGUUAAACGUAGACGUCCACUAGAUAUCGCUAGAGAGCAAUGGUCAUCGGUUGCUAUCCAUGCGAUAUCCACACGUUCUGUCACAUUUAGCACAUGGAAUUGCUUCUCAGGUUUCACGCUAACAAACAUUAAUAUUAGAAGUAAUAUCACCAAAUGCAUCUAUGUAUCAUUUCAGGUCCUCCAAAUGAAUGGUUGGAUUGUGAUCAUAGCCCUGCUUCACAAGAUAUCACAACGGAGACCGACGUGCCCCUUGAUUCACCGUAUUUAGACUCUAACAGCAUUAUGUCAACACCUCAAGCGAAUAGCCCAUUCACUGUUUCGACAAACCCGUCAACACCAGCCUCUAUAAAAAGUAGAAAAUGCAAACAAAGGAAAGACAAAGGUAAUAUAAGAAGACGGCAUGAAAAAGAGUGGAUUGAUAGUAAGAGAAAAAUAAAUAGAAAUUUAGGAAAAGAUUAUACGAGUCGCAACGGUACACAAAGAGCUGCUAAAAAAAUGGGUGCCAGAUGCCCGUCAACUUGUCGAAUGAAAUGGUCCACAAAAAUAUCUGAAGAACAAAGGCAGCAUAUUUUUGACAGCUUUUGGUCACUAGGGGACAGAACUAAGCAGUGGGAAUAUUUAGCUCAAUUCGCUUUAAGGCAGACGAAACGAAGGAUUUAUACUGAUCGAGAAUCGAAACGCAAAUAUACCAUUAAAUACCAUUUACCUUCAAACACACAUGAAGGCCUUGACAUUUUACAGCCCAUCGAGGUUUGUAAAAAAAUGUUCCUUGGCACUUUUUCUGUAAGCGAGCAGUUGAUAUAUACAUCAAUAGACAAGAAAAAUAAAACGACAGGGAUAUCGGUCGCUGAUCAGCGUGGUAAGCAUGGGAAUCAGCGUAGAACAAUUACCAAUGAAGUUAUAGAAUCAGUGUGUAAUCAUAUUAAAUCUCUGAAGCCGGUUGAAUCACAUUAUACAAGAAAAGAUUCGGAUAAACUUUACUUAGACGGUAGCUUAACUUAUCGGCGGUUAUUUGAAUUAUAUAAUGAGUGGGACGGACUAAAUGCAUACACUUGCAAAGCUCAAACUGAAAGACAAUAUCACGAUAUUGCAAAUGAUAAUUUCAAACUAUGUUUCCAUAUACCGAAAAAGGAUCAGUGUGAUCAAUGUCAUGUUUACAAAAACCUUGAAAAUCCAUCCACUCAAGAAUCUGAGAAAUAUAGUCGACAUAUACAAAAUAAAACACAGACUAGACAAAUGAAAUCCAAAGACAAACAGGAAGCUCAAGCAUCUAAUGGCAAAAUUGUCACAGCGUCCUUUGAUUUCCAGAAAAUAUUAAAUGCACCUCAUGGAGAGAUAGGAGUUUUAUAUUAUAAAAGAAAACUCUCAGUAUUUAAUUUUACGGUGUAUAGUCUGGGCGAAAAGGAGGGAACAUGUUUCAUGUGGCAAGAAAGUCAAGGCAGACGUGGAGCAAAUGAGGUGGCCAGUUGUUUGCUUGAUUUCAUUAAGAGGAAUUCCUAGUUGCGAUUUUUCCAUACAAACGCUCUCGACUGAUUCCUCCCUGGAUUUUUAACCUAGAGCAGUGAUUUUUUCAAAUAAGAUCAAUAUCAUCAAUAUCUGUGCCGCUAUGUUUUGCUUUUUUGGAUUAUUUUAUUUUGAAGAAAGAUACAGCGCCUCGAAAAUCGCAAAAACGGCUCAAUUGAAUUGGCUGUAAAAAAAGGCACAGUAUACAAAUAUGACAAAAAAUAUCCAAAAAAUCAAAACAUAGCGGCAUAGAUUAUUUCUUCCUCUUGCAGUUUCCAAAAUUUCAUAAAGAUUGAUUGCGUUUUGGAGGAGGAAACAGUCGAGAGCGAAACCUCGAUUUUUGAGUUUUUUGCAUGUGAAUUUCAGUCCGGGCUGCAGUUGUCCUUAUCGCACGAAUUGGAGGCGGAGACAGUUUCUAAAUAUACGUACACAGAAGAAAUAGUGAUGGGCAUAACAUCCUUAUUAGGGAUUGCAGAACCGGUACUGUUUUAAAGAACCAGGAUUUACCGGUACUUUCGUAACCGGUCUAAUUAUUUCAUUAUUUUAAAUAAAACGACAGCAUUUUGCGAUUUGACCACUUUUCGUAUUAUAAUUUAAUAAUCACAUGUUCUUUUACUACGUAUAAUCAAUCAAUAAACAAGGUAAUUUUUUUAAGAAAUAUACUUAGUAUUUUACAUUGCUCACACCUGUGCGUCACAAGUAAAAGAUAACUACUUUGAUGUUUGCCACUAGAUGGCAAAUUUAAUGCAAUUACAUUGACGAGGGGAUUUAUAUACUUAUAAGCAGGGAUCGGAAACCGGUAUUUUUUGUAUGGGAACGAAAACGGUAUUUUUUCGUUCUUUGUUAAUUAUUUCAUUCUUAAUCGGGCAAUCUAAUAAUACGAAGUCGUUAUCUAAAAACACAACUGAGUCCUACAUUUUGAGUAUAAAAUAAACCGAAAUAUAUGGUUAUUUCGAUGUUUUUUGCAAAAAACCGGUUCCGAUCCCUGCUUAUAAGUAUCGCAGUCGUAUUGUAUAAUCCGCCGUAUUACAUUACGGCUAGCCGAUAUCAAAAUAAGGGCCAUUUUGAAAUGCGGCGGUUCAACGAUUAAGGUAUGUUGGGUAAAUACCGGAUGCGGGUGAAGAACGUAGGACAUUCAUUUCUCCCUAAUUUGGCUUUAUUUUUUA